AUGGCGGAGGCUCAAGGCAACUUGCUGACCAAAAGAAGAGAAAGGAAAAAAAUCACAACUAUCAAGUCUCCGACGAAUACGACGGAUACGUCGUCACGGAAUGUCUCGGCCUCUUCUUCUGUGACAGCCGUCACGCGGAAACGAUGGUUUCUUCUCGAGCGUCUACCAGUGGAGCGUAUUGCAUUGGUGGAGUCCACGAUGCGUGAAUUAAAGGAAGAUCCCCACAAGGAAAAGAAACGCGUCGCUGCACUGGAGGUGCAGGUCGGCAAGCAGCAGAACGAGAUCAAAGCGAAGAAACUGCUUUUUCUAUAUAGGUAGUACUGUUGUAAAAACAAAAAGAAAACG